AUGUGGAUUAUUUGGGGUAAGGGUCAUCAACUCGAUCUAGUAUUCUAUGGCUCCGAGACACGACUUCAUUUUCUUAUGUUCUUCGACCGGGACCCUGCAUGUUAUAGGUAUAGGGUUGCAUGUUCAAACUCGAGGUUGUGGAUCGUGCAUUGGGAAUUCAGUCCGGCCAUUAGUACUCCAGUGUCAUGGAAUGAGCACAAGAAUUUUUGUUUUGGGACACUACAUGGUAUGGGUGUGGGGCUGCAUGUUCAAACUAGUGGUUAUGGGUUAUCCAUUAGGGAUUCCGACCAACCAUUAGUACUCCAGUUUCAUGGAACAAGACGCAAGACUUUUCCUUUUGUGUGUUAUCAAUCAUCAGCUAGGGGACCAUGA